AUUUGGCCCUGAUCGCUAUCCGUAGUUGGGAUUUGAAGGUUGCUUUUCGGAAAUAAAAAGUAGGGACAACGUGCAUUUCGUUUUACGCAGAUAUUAUUAAAAUUUAGUUUCAGGUGCGCAUACAAUACCUAAUUUCAUACCGAUUGUUUAAAUGUCCCGUGGAUCAAACAUACACGAUGUCAUCAAAACCUAUGGAGCCAUUAGCACGAAAAUUAUUUAAAGGUAUUCUGGUUGCUGAAGUUCUUGGAGUCUUCGGAGCAUAUUGGCUGUUCCAAAAAAUGAACACAAGUCAAGAUUUCAGAAAUACAAUGAACAAGAAAUUCCCAUCUAUUCUGCAGAUUUAUUACAAGUCAAAUGAAUUGGCAGGAGUUUAUGGAAUUAAAGAAAAGGAUGAAGAAGCUUGGUCUUAUAAAAAAGAAACAUGAAAAUACUACUACCUUGGCAUGGAAACAGCUGGAAUCAAUCUGUUAGAUGAAGGAUGUAUUUUAUAUCCAGGUCAAACAUUCUGUCAAGUAGUUAAGGGGCAUUUGCUUCUUGUUUUAAAAUGUGUGGUUCCCAUCUCUGCAAAACCUCUUCCAAUUGAUUAAACUUACAGUGAUACCACAA